AUAAAACAUUAGCCGUAAAACAUACGACGUAAAAAUCAUUUGGAUACUAUUGCCAUGGUAACAGCUAUGUCUGCGUCACGAUAAACCCUUGAACCAGCAACAAAAUAUAGCGUACUGGCGAUCCGGAGCUACACGACCCUCCAAUUUAAAUUGAAUUUCUUGAUUUAACGUUUUAAUUUCUGCGUUCGAUAAGCUAUUCGCUAAUUAAAUAAAUUUCGGAAAAAUUUCAGAACUUUAAAUAAAAAGGUCGUAAUUCCGGUAAGACGAAUGAAUGAGGACCGGCAGAGCAACAUUUGAAAGGCGUGUUCCAGCGUUUGUGUCUUAUGCUUAGAGACAUGUAUUUAUGGCGUAACUACUCACUUUCUCCAAGGUUGAUAUUCUAUAAUGAGAUAAACAAACCCACGACUUAAUCGUCGUACGAUAUGUCAACAGUGUGCUUUCAAUCUGAACACUAAUGCAAAUCUGUAAAACUCAAAUUGUUUAAGCGGUGACUGCACAUUGUAGAUUUCGUGGAGGACGUGAAUGCAGCGUGACCACACGGCGUGUAGCCAAAUUACCAAAUCCGACUCUGUUAUAACAGCAUUGAAGUCGCGGGUUGAAAUUUGGGCUUGUUACCCAGACGUGUCGUUGCUUGUUUGGGAUUUCUGACGAUCUGUUUCUUCAUAUAAUUACACGAAUUUUAUCUGCUUUGCAUCCAACCAUACCUGACUUUCUCCUCAUCGUUUGACAUUUAUAUAACAAACCAAUAAACCAAUUGAUGAUCCAACGACAGUCGAGUUUCUUUAGCUGGAUUUUUUUGGAACCUCUCUUUAGACCUUUAAUUUUAUAGGUCUGCAGAAACAUGGAGGCGAUCAGCCUGUGGCACUGCUGAGGUGUUAUGAGAGCCCUUCAAUAGUGGGCUUCGCUGCAUUCUUGGAUCUGGCGUCUGUCAUCUUCCUUUUUACCCCAUAGGUUCUAUGGGGUUUCGGUCAGAAGAGGAACUUUCUUUGACAUUGUGAUCAGCCUUCAAGUGAAGUCCCCCCCCCCCCCCCCCAUAUCCAGCAACAUUAUGGGUGAAGUAGUUCAGAUGCAUUUCACCACAGUGGACUACGUCAUCUUUGCCCUGCUGCUGGUGGCCUCGGCCGGCAUCGGCCUCUUUUACGCCUUUUCCGGCGGACGCCAACGUACAACACAGGAGUUCCUGAUGGCCGACCGCUCCAUGAGCUGCCUACCCGUGUCACUGUCCCUGCUGGCCACCUUCCAGUCAGCCGUGGCCAUCCUGGGUGCUCCGUCUGAGGUGUACACUUUUGGGACUCAGUACUGGUUCCUGGGCUGUUCCUACUUUUUGGGCCUACUCAUCCCAGCUCAUGUUUUCAUACCGGUCUUCUAUAGGCUGCGGCUGUCCAGUGCCUAUGAGUAUCUGGAGCUCCGAUUUAACAGGGUGGUUCGUAUAUGUGGGACUGUGACCUUCAUCUUUCAGAUGGUCAUUUAUAUGGGGGUUGUCCUGUAUGCUCCAGCCUUAGCCCUAAAUGCAGUGACAGGGUUUGACCUGUGGGGGGCUGUACUGGCCAUGGGACUGGUGUGCACUCUAUACACUGUUUUGGGGGGCCUCAAGGCAGUGAUCUGGACGGACGUCUUCCAGACAGUGGUGAUGUUUGCUGGCCAACUGGCAGUCAUUGUGGUGGGGACCAGUCAGACAGGAGGCAUAGGAGAGGUCUGGAGGAAAGCUGUGAAUGGGAGUCGCAUUUCAGGGCUAGACCUCAACCCUGAUCCUUUGGAGCGUCACACCUUCUGGACUCUGGGUGUGGGAGGAAUCUUUCUGAUGCUGGCUCUGUACGGGGUCAACCAGGCCCAGGUCCAGAGAUACCUCAGUUCCCGCACAGAGAAGGAGGCUGUCAUGUCCUGCUACGUUGUUUUCCCAUGCCAGCAGGUGGUUCUGUGUUUAGGUUGCCUAAUGGGACUGGUGAUGUUUGCUCGCUAUGGAGAGGACAGCCCUCUGGACAGGGGCUAUGUCAAAACUAAUGACCAGAUGGUGCUUUACUUUGUGAUGGAUGUAUUCAGGGACCUGCCUGGGCUUCCAGGGCUGUUCGUGGCCUGUCUCUUCAGUGGAGCCCUCAGCACCAUCUCAUCAGCCUUCAACUCUCUAGCAACAGUAACCAUAGAAGACCUGAUUAAACCUCAUUUUCCAAACAUGACAGAAGCUAAAGCCACACUUCUGUCCAAGGCAUUUGCUUUGGCUUAUGGACUGGUGUGUCUGGCUAUGGCCUAUCUCGCUUCCACAAUGGGAUCUGUGCUGCAGGCAGCCUUCAGUAUCUUUGGGAUGGUGGGAGGUCCUCUGCUGGGCCUCUUCUGUCUAGGAAUGUUUUUUCCCUGGGCAAACUCAAUUGGUGCAGUGGUUGGAUUAGUAGCGGGUCUUGCUAUGGCUUUUUGGGUCGGCAUUGGCAAUUUCGUGAUGCGCAUGUCUGCUAAUACCCCUGUGCCUCUGCUCAACACCACGUUUGACAACAUGACCACCACUGUCAUGACUACACUGGUCAGUGCCACCACGGCCAAGCCGAGAACAACUGGUGUGGAGGCACUUUACUCUUUGUCGUACAUGUGGUACAGUGCUCACAACUCCACUACUGUGGUAGUGGUGGGACUGAUAGUCAGCCUGCUGACAGGACCUAUGAAGGAGAAGGAGCUAACACCUGGGACAGUAUUUCCAGUUCUGGGCACACUCCUCUUCUUUCUGCCUGAGCGGUACAGAGAGAAGCUAUGUUGCGUCACACCACUGGCUCAGAAGCCCAGAGACAUCAGUCAGACGUCCGAGAAAGAAAGAAUGGAUGGAGCAACUUACAGCAAAGAUGACACAGUGACGGAGGAUAAAGAGGCAAAGAGCGACAGAGUGCACACAGAGGAGGAAGACCUGCAAACCAGGGUCAUGCUCCCCUCUUGCCAGCUGACAUCUCACACUGUUCAGGAGACUGCCUUGUGAUUGCACACUUGCAUAACACGAACACAAAGAAAUACAUACACGCACAUACAAUCAGCCUUUGUAUUGUCCAGUUUCUUGGUCAAAAAUGCAGCAGUCCUAGAUCAUUAAUCUAAGGUACAGCACUAAGUAUCUUUCCUGUCUGUGUUGUUCAUGCUGGUUCUGUUUGACAGCAAUUACAGGUCAGUUGUUGUGAUUAUUUGAAUUGUGUAUUUUGGGAGAAACUAGUUGAUUUCUUGCUUGACUGUAUUUUGAGUCAAUGCAAAAAAUGUGUAGCCCAGAGCAGGCGGCCAACAUGAAGAACAGUUAUGAAGACUUGGACCAACAUUCUUUAAUGACCUUUCUGAAUAUAAUUGUCUCCGUUGCCUUACACUUCUCCUUUAAGAAUGAGUUGCAAAUAUGUCUCACACAGUUUGAGAAUGAUUGUGGAUUCUAGAGAGCACUAGUUCAAUUAAGCAUUAAGCCCUUUUACAACCACGUUGAGAAAAAGUUCUUUAUGUUUGUGUCAUCAUCCUGAAGCUUCAAUACCUCAAUUCAUUCAAAGCAUAUAGAAUACAAAGUUCCAUAUUUUUUUAAACUGUGUUUUGUAGUAUAUUAAAUCAUAUUGUAUAUUUUUGUAACCUCACCUAAAGCCUGUGAACAUUUCAGGAUCUGAAAUGUGAAAAUUCUAUAUGCAAGAACUCCAACUUUUGUUUUUUGAUGAAUGGCAGUUCGGAUUCUGAGCAAUCCAUCGCUCUACGGGUGCAGUCACACAAACUCACCUAAUCAAAUUUAAAUGUAUUCACACUAUCUGUUUAGGUGAGGACAGGAUGCAGUGUGGGCAGGCUCAUGUUUUUGCCAUGCUGUUGUCCAGUAACCAGCUCUCUUUAUGCUUGAAGCACAAAUAUGUAUAUAAUAAUGUAAUAUUUAUAAAUAAUAUUAGACAGAAGCGUGAGUUUCUAAUAAUAACAAUCAUAAUAGUUCCACUGGAGUAGCCUGGUGGCUCAGUGGGUUGGUUUGGGAUACAGGAGACCUGGGUUAAAUGGGUUAGCAUGAGAUGUCAAAGAACAGCUGAAUCUGCAAGACCGCGGCGAACAAGGGUUUGCAUUGUGCAAUAAACGAGUCAGUUUCACCAAACGGGUUUUAUCGUGACUGCACCAUUAGAGCUGAAUCGUCUGAGCAUUUUGUCAUGAUUGCCCUCACAGUUCAGUUGCAAUCAUGUUACUUUUCAGAUUCCUGCUGCCAAGUCCACACCAUUAAAAAGAACCAUUUCAUGUUUUUAAUGAAUUCAGAUGCCAUAACAUGCAGUUAUUUAUGGUGUCCUCCUUCAUACCUGAAAUUACUUGAAGUGUGUGCCUUUAAUGUUAAAGACACCCUCCUUAUUGUAAUGGAGCAUGUGUCAAGUGCUGAUGUAGAUAUAAAUGUAUAAGAAAGUCAACCUGGCUUUGGAGCACUGUGAUAUUAAUAAAGCACAAUGAGAUCAAUGCUCAAUAUGAGCAGUACCCAGCUGUGACAAAGGAUCUGCCUGAAGCAUCUGUUCAGAUAGUGUUUGUGAGUUCAGAAUGUUAAUUUCAGAUUCUAUUUAUUUUAUUUAUCUGUGGCCUUUUAUAGUGACUCAGUGUGAGAGGCACCGCAAUGAAACUAAAGCACAGCACUUGGUAAUUUCCAGCAACAAUAAAUAUUGUUUUGAACAAUAUUUAUUAUACUUGUUCCCCCAUCCUCAAGAAUUCCUUCUGUUGUGCAUGCCAAAAAGCAGCCAUAGAAGCUGAAAUGUCAAGGCGACUUAUCUGCUUUGGCUGUACCUUCAUUCUGUGAUGUUUUUAACUCCUCUGUGUCCUGACAGACUGAACCAUCCACUGACACGCCCGCUGACAUAAGAACCUUUUAUUCUCUUCGUCCUUGUUCCAGAUGUGCAGGGACAGUCCUGUUGAGACUGUGUGAAACAGGAGGCUGGAUGCACCUUUGUUUCAGUGCAGUAGAUGAAGACAUGUUUUAUAUUUUAUUUUACUUCAAUUAGCGUUUAUCACAUGAAACCAUGUAGACUGAAAUCACGUAGGCUUGGGCUGAAAUGUAAAACAGCAGAAUCUGUUCAUCCAGGAGAGACUAGAAAUGGAUCAUUACAACUUACAGUAGUGAAUUUCUACUGCAUAGCAUUUACUGAUAUACAUUAUAUACAGUAUAUUGUGUAUUAUAAACUAAAAAAACCAAUGCUGUCCCCUUUAAAUUGUUGCAAAAGUUUUUUUUGGUUUGUUUUCUUUGACUCUAAAACAGGACUUCAAAUAUUGUACACUUGUAAUAGUAGUAGAAUUGAUUUAAUUAAACAAAUGAUUCCUCAGCCUUAUGGUCUUCUUCCCAUAACCUUUCUCUCACAAAUCUUCCACUGUCUACGUACUCUGCUGUUAUCCCCUCCUAACUCUUACUCUAUCAUUUUCCACUCAUUCUCCUCCUCCUCACGUAAAAUGAUCUUCCUCUAUUUGUAUUCCAGCAGAAGCUCAGCCAAAGUGAAGGGAGUGUGGCCUCGAGGCUCCGUAAAUCCAGCCUGUAAUAAGUGUGUGAUGGCCAUAAUGAGCAGGAGAUAGUAAAACUAUGUUCUCUGGUGAGAUGUGGGAAUGAGGGGGCAGACACGUGGGAUACACACUUUCUUUAAGUUAUUACAGUGGCAAAAAUAGCUGGGAGACAUGGACACAUGAACAAAAAUAAACAAAUAAGAAUACAAAUGUCAAGGCAGCAAAAGAGCCUGCAGAUUUAAAAGCUCCAUCAGCUUUAACUGUGACUCUGUGUUACAACAUGAUGAUUUCUCCCAGAGCAGCUUGGUUUUGUCCCACUUGCGUUUUUCCUUCUUCCCCGUCACUCCAACCAUCUGAGGCCGCACAGCCUGGUUCUGCAAUAAAAGUUUUUCCUCAAGUCAAAAUAAUUUUUCUUUAAUAUGUAAUUGCGUUUUCCUGUUCUGUGUGGUCUUAAGAACCAUACUGUGUGAAGUGCAUUGAGAUGACUUUGGUUAUAAAUAAACUGAAUUGAAUGAA